AUGGCAGCAGAAUAUCCCCACAAAAUUGCCCUCUUGGGUCUAGGGACCAUCGGUCUCUCAAUGCUAGCAAUGCAUCUCCGCCGCCCCGACACAAGCAUUAUGGUCUACGACCCACGUCCAGACUACGAGUCGCAAGUCAGGAGCACGCUCCCUACCCUCCUGGACUCUUCCUCAAGCGACCCCAGCAUAGUAGACCACCUAAUCGCUACAUCUCGUCUCAAACUAGCCACCUCGUUACCCGAGGCAAUCGAAGGAGCCACGAUUAUACAGGAACAAAGUCCCGAGAUCACAGUCUCCAAACAGGGACUUUGGAAAGAGAUAUCGACUCUCACCGGAUCAGAUACCCAUCUCUGGAGCAGUUCGUCUGGAAUCGCAGCUUCUGCACAGGCAGCAUCAUGCGAAGCUGAGAGGAGAGUUGCUGAAAGAUUGCUUGUGGCACACCCGUUCAACCCACCGCAUCUGAUGCCCCUGGUCGAAGUUGUUCCUGGACCUGAAACGAAGCCUGAGAGGGUUGAGUUUGUGAAAGCUUACUUCCGCGAUAUUCCCGGUCCGGCGACGAGUUCGGGUGGUUCAGAGGGCCAAUCCGCGUCGCAUUACCGGCCAGUCACGCUGCAUAAAGAGGUUCCUGGCUUUGUGGGCAAUAGGCUUGCAUUUGCUUUAUUGAGGGAAGCAUGUCAUCUUGUCGGGGAAGGGGUUGUUUCGGCUCAAGAUCUGGAUUCGAUCGUUACGGCUAGCUUGGGGCCGAGAUGGGCUGGGAGUGGGGUGUUUGAAAGUUAUCAUGCUGGUGGUGGGGAGGGCGGGAUUGAUGCAUUCUUGCAGAAGCUUUCGCCUACAAUCCAGGAUGUUUGGGGGGAUUUGGGACAAUUGGAUAUUGAGGGCCAGCAAGGUUGGAGAGAUGUAGUGGUGAAGCAAACCGAAGAGGCUUAUGGGCCUUAUACUAAACAGACACGGAAGAAGAAAGAAGAGAUGCUGAGAGAGGUUGUUGAGCUGCAGAAGAAGAAGUGGGGAGAGUUGCCUUGA